AUGGCUGGAGUGCAGGCCACAAAAUAUCAGGCUGCAAAGAGUUGUAUUUGUGGAUGUACCCUGCAAAAGGGAACAAAGCAGACACAUCAGACACAAAUCAGAUAUAUAACAGUACAUACAACUGAAAAAUUAAGCGGCCAUGUAUUCUUGAAUAUAAAGAUAAAUACUAGGAACUCAACUCACUUAUGUGUGCGAAGCAAGCACACUGUGGAUCUCCCGAAAAACAACAUUUGGGAUGAGAAUCAGGUUCUGAAAAGGGUAUCUGAAAGCUGCUUCAUCAGAAUCAUAAAAGUGUCCUUUGUUCCUGGUUGGGACUGCCACGGCCUUCCAAUAGAACUAACAACUCUCCUCGGUACCACUUUCAUGGAGGGGGAAACGCCGGAGCCUGCGGCGCCGGCAACCUUCCUCCGGGGUGAGGAGGGGGCGUCCCCGGAGUCGACGCGCGCUAGGUUAGAGCGCAUGAUCCGGCGCGUGCAGGCGGAUGUCUGCGCGGAGCUCGAGGCGGUCGAGGGCGGCACAAGCAACGGCGGCGCGCUGUUUCGGGAGGACGCUUGGACACGCCCUGGCGGCGGCGGCGGCAUUAGCCGUGUCCUCCAGGGCGGCCGCGUAUUCGAGAAAGCCGCGGUGAACGUCUCUGUGGUCUAUGGAGUGAUGCCUCCAGAGGCAUACCGCGCGGCGAGACCCGAAGCCGCGGCGGCGGCGGCGGCGGCUGGAGGGGAGAAGGCCGGGCCAGUGCCCUUCUUUGCGGCUGGUAUAAGCUCGGUCAUCCAUCCCGUGAACCCAUUUGCUCCAACAAUGCAUUUCAACUACCGGUAUUUCGAAACAGAAGCACCUAAAGAUGCUCCUGGUGCACCUAGGCAGUGGUGGUUUGGAGGUGGUACUGACCUGACGCCUUCGUAUAUCAUUGAAGAGGAUGUCAAGCACUUCCAUUCUGUUCAGAAACAAGUGUGUGAUAACUAUGAUCCUAGCUUUUACCCUAGAUUCAAAAAGUGGUGUGAUGACUAUUUUUUUAUCAAGCAUCGUGGUGAACGACGUGGGGUGGGAGGAAUAUUUUUUGACGAUCUCAAUGACUAUGAUCAAGAAACACUUCUUCGCUUUGCCACAGGUGUCAUAACUCAUACCAUCUCUUGUAGUAUUGUUGAUUGA